CAUUGGGUGAUCAUCCCGAGGGAUCUGCAUUCAGUUAGUAGUCAAAUAGUGCUGAACCACGUUAAAUGUUUAAUUGAUGAAGAGUAGCGACACACGAUAAAAGACAUGCUGCAUUAUAUGUUAUUCGUUGCUUUGCUAUUGCAAUGUUCACAAUUGAAUAGAUGCGAUAGUCCAAGAAGCCGGAUUGACGUCAAACACAGAUAUUCUCCUGGUCACAUUAAACUGCAUUCCCCGCACCAACAUUUAGUGAGCCCAAUAAAUCUACUUAACCCGGACAAAUACGAAUAUUUCACCAUCAAUAAUCAAGGCAAUAUUAUAAAAAGGUUGAUGACAUCGAAGGAAAUUCAAAGCAUUGUUGCUGGUAAUAAUAUCAAACAAAGUGUUUUUGAUAGACUUGAAUCUCCUCACGGAAUAAUAACGAAUAUUGUUAGCAGCAUAAAGAACGUCCUGAACACAGAGUUGCUUUCAAAACACCAAGAAAAUCAAAACGCAGAAAACAAUGUUAAUAACAAUAUAGCGGAUGUAACGCCGUAUGAAUCCGCAGACAAAGAACCUGAAUACGUUCCCGCUGUACUGAGUUUUGAAAUUUCUAGUCCUGAUGAAGAUGAGGACAGUGUAACAGAUCCUAAGCAGCCUGUAAUGAGCUGUCCCAAUUGUGAUGUCAAACAAAAUAUUACGCCAGAAAGUACGACACAGCUGAAAACAACGGAAACGACAACGAAAACUACCCUACAUCACCAAGAAGAACGUGUUACAGAUAAAAUAUCCACUUCAACUCAGAAAACAACGGAGAAUAUACCUCAGUUAUUGAAUGUCAAAACUACUGAGAAAGUUUCUUCGUCCGUAUUACCUGAUAAACCUACAACAUCUUACGUAGGAGUUACAGACAUUACGCCAACUCCAUUUGAUAAUAAUUCAACCGCAACUAUAUUAAUGUUGUUGAAAAAUCUCACUGAAUCCACUGAAAAUGUUCCAGACAGUACACCACAAUUGCUAGAUGGAAGUGUUACAGAAAAUAUUCCUGUACUGCUAGAAGAAAAUACCAAGGAAGUUGAUCAUAUUACAACUUCUACUGAAAAUGUACCGGAGAAUACACCAAUUUUAUUAACAGAAGAACUAGAAGUUUCUACUGAAAAACAAACAGAAAACACUCCGAUGUUACUAGAAGAAUUUACAAAACAAGUUAAUCACUUAACAUUUGCAACUGAGAAAGUUACGGACGUAACUCCACAACUUUUAAUAGAUUUUGAGAAAGUUACAGACGCAACUCCACAACUUUUAGUAGAAACUGAGAAAGCUACGGACGUAACUCCACAACUUUUAAUAGAAAAUGUAACGGAAAUGGUAAUUAGGUCAACUGAGCCAACGGAAAAGGCUGUUGAAAGCACAACCCAUCAAACGGAAGAAUUAACAACGCAAUUCAGCACAACGCAUCAAACAGAUGAAAAUCUGUUAAUGUCAUUCUUAUUGAACAACAACCUUAGCAAUCAGAAAGAGACUACAAUGGAGACUACAGAAUCAGCUCAGGUUAGCACAUUGCAUCAAAGCGCAGAUGAAGUAAUAUCGUUUAUAUCAAAUAAAAACCUGUCAGAUUACUCUGAUGGACUUCAAACAGAUGAACAAUACGCGGAAAAGAUUAUAACUUUUACGUUGCCCAGCACUAAUACAUUUGAAACAACCACAACCCAAAGUGAAGAAACAGUCACUCAAUCCGCUCCACAUACUAUUUUCACCACAUUCGAUGACGAUUCAGUAUCACCACACUACACUACAAAAAAUGAUUAUCAGACAAAACUUGAUAUGUACACAAAUCAAUUUGAUAAAAUCACUGAAAAAGAAACCACUACUGAACUCAAUUCGCAUGACUUCAAGACUACAGUAGAUACACAAUCUCACAAUGAAGGUAUCAGUACAUUAUUCGAAACAACGAAUAAACCAGAGGCAACUACCCUCUCAGAUACCCAGAACGCCUUCUACAUGAUUUUGGAACUUCUUAAGGAUGAGAAUAUGAACGAGGAAUCAAGUAUGCAACAAUAUCCACAGCAAAAUGCGGUGACCGACUCAAAUGAAAAUCCAGCAGAUGAAUAUGAAGAUGCUGAAGAAGAGGUUGAACAAUAUUCUACCGAAACAUUCGAUUCUACCACUUCACAAGCGUUCACCGAUGCUAUUAUCGAAAGCAACGAAAUUACAACAGAAGCACCUUACUCAAACUUGCCUGAACUGCUCGACACUACUGCCGUGACUGAGAAAUACACCACCACGAAUCUGUUCGAUAUCGUGAAUAAAGUCAAGCCAAUAAAUAAGGUCACUAUUUCAUGGGAGCCUUCAACUAAAGAAACGGAUCCACCAAAGACUACUAUCACUACACGUUUACCAUCGACGGCCAAGCCAACCGCUAGUACCACUGCUUCUACGACUGCUACUACCACUAGGUUGAAAUUGACUCCUUCAAAGGUCAAACCUUCACCAUCUCAAAUUGCACAACAACCAUCCUCAAACGAAUUUGUCUCCAUAGCGGAAAUGAUUCUGCGACAAGCCAAUCCGGUGCCCCAUGCAAACAGUGCGGAGCACGUGGACGUUGAAAAUCUUCUAGGUCUACUGUCGGUAAACAGCAAGAAUAUGACCAGCUAUGUGGGUGAAACAGCGACGGUUGCAUCUAUACUGAAACCAUUGAAAAAGCCUCAACCAGUUCAAAAUUCAGAAAUUGCGGAACAUGACGUGUUCCAGUCUUUCUUGACGAUCACCAAUGAGCUCAAACAAGACAGUCAGGCUGCAUCGACAGAGGAUGCUGGAAAUCGUAUCACCAAUGACCUCUUCCAAAAACUUGGUGAACCAGAAGCACGUCGCAAUACAUCAUUCAGUGAUCAACUAAAUACCUUCGACAUACUACUAACAGAAGAGUCGUCAGAGUUCCCUGAAGAAUCUGAUGAGAAUGGCGAUGAGGAGAACAGUGAAAUGAAUAACUUUUUUAAACUUUGUAACCGAAUUGGCCUUGACAUGUACCAAUCAAUUACAACCCAGAGAGAAUUUGAGCAAACAAAAAGCUUCUCAUUCUCUCCAUUCUCCGCAAUAUCCAUGAUGUCGAUGCUUCACUUGGGAGCACGCGGCAAAACAGCCGAUCAGAUAAAUAAGUUGAUCGGCCUGGACGAAAUGACUUCGUUCAACCCACACGUUACAUUCCGAACCAUUUCUCAGUCGAUAGAGGAAGAGAACUCCAACUCCUACUUCGUGCGGAUGCUGUUCAGCGAUGAAAAUCUCGGCAAACUGCAAAACUUUUUCAAAACUAAAGUAACGCAGCUGUAUUCCGGAUACGCGGAGGAAAUAUCAUUUGAUGACAAAAAUAUGAUAACGAACCGAGUGAACCUGCUAGUCAACAACUCUACCCAAGGCGCACAGGCUCAGUUCCUGGAGGAUUUCCAUAUACGAGCGGCACCACCAUUAUGUUUAAUCUCGGCCAAUUCCUUCGAGCUUGGCUGCCCGACGAAUGAUGAGAGUCCUGACAUCUUCUUCCAUGUGAUCGACGCAAAGGGUAAACGCAAGCUCAUUGAUCUAACUGCCCAUGUCUACACAGGAAGCUUCCUUUUCGGCUAUAACACAGAAAUGGACGUAACAGUAGCGUCGAUUUUCUCGGAAGCUCGUGAAAUAUCAACCAUUUUCCUGAUGCCGGGCCAGCAGAGUGGAACUAUCGAGCGAAAUAGUCUGCUUGACCUGGAAAGUAGAGUAUUCACGAAUACUUUCCCGGCAAAACUUAAAACACUAGAAGCAAAACUGAGGCCUCAGAUUAGCAGUGUUCUGCACAUUCCGCAUCUUAAUCAGCAAUCGUUUGUCAAUGUUUCGAGACAGCUGCAACAAUUAGGCUUAGGUGAACUUUUCCGGAGCGAUUCGUCUAACCUGAGGGGAAUCCAAGAAACAACAGCUGCUCCAAUUCACAUGUCAGAUUUUUUGCAAAUUAAUCGAGUCAGUUUAUGUGAUACCUCAGCCAAACCUAAGUCCAGUGAAAUUACUUCAUCAUUCUUGAAUGUGAAGAGUAAUUUAAAUAAAUAUCAUCAAAAUACUCAGAGUCACUAUGCGGAGAAUAUCAUAAAACUAGAUAAACCUUUUCUAUAUAUUAUUAGGCAUAAUCCAUCUCAGCUAAUUCUUUAUGUAGGUCGAUUUAAUCCAGUGGAAUAAUUUAUUUGUGAGUUAUUUAUUGCAUUAGAUAGAAUAAAUUAUUUAUGUCCUCGA